CAAAAAUAAAUAUGACAGAAGAUUGUUUGGUAGUUAAUGUUUGGACACCAUAUCCAAAACCAAAAAAAGCAACAGUUAUAGUCUUUAUCCACGGUGGUGCAUUCAUAGCUGGUUCAUCGCACGAAGUAAAUUAUCAUGGUGCAAACUUUGUUGCAUUGGGAAAUGUUAUAUUAGUGACUAUGAACUACCGCUUGUCUGCACUUGGAUUUUUGAGAGCCCCAGAAGCUGGAAUUAAAGGUAAUCUUGCUUUGUUUGAUCAGCGGUUGGCGUUGAAAUGGGUAAAAGAAAACAUAAAAGAAUUUGGUGGCAAUCCUAACACAAUAACAAUAUUUGGAGGCAGUGCUGGCUCAGCUUGUGUUUCUGCUCAUACUUUAUCUGAAGGCAGUUGGCCGUAUUUUGAUCGUGUCAUACUGUCAAGUGGAAACAUGCUCAUGUAUUGGACAUUAUCCACUGAGGAAAGGGAAAAAACAGUAUCAGACACUUUUCUUAAAGAGGUCAAUUGCAAUGGCUCAUCCAAUGUACUUAAGUGCUUAAAGGAAAAUGUUACUUCUGAACAAUUGAAACGGAUCUUCGCCAAAAAACUCGAUCAUUUCACACCGUCAGUUGACGGUGAUUUUUUCAAAGAUCAUCCUCGAAUGCUUUUCAAACAGGGAAAAGUGAAGCAAUGUCCAAUGAUUUUUGGUACAAUGGAAAGUGAAAUGUUCUUUCAAACAAAUUUUAUUCUGACAAAAACGAGGAACAUAACGAAAAUAAAUAAAAUCUAUAAAAGUAGUCUUCAGGAUGCAUUUAAAAGACACCCUCAUUAUUUUGACGUAGCCAAAAAACUAUAUUUGCCAACAUGCACACCAUCGAUGAAGCACAUCAACGGGUCUUAA